CAGCAUAGGCCUUUAAGGGUUAAGUGGGAAACCGGGACGGCCAUGUGCACCUUUGGGUAUGAAUAUUAAUAACGCCAGUUGUUGUAGGCAGGAUCAGAGCAUUAAAAAGUGAAACGACGUAAGGGGAGGAGAAAGGAAAAGGGCUUUAGCUCCCUCCUGGAGGAACCGCACAGGACACUGCGUGGCUGGGAGAUCCAGCAUGAGAACCCACCUUCCCCCAGCGUUUUGGGACAGCUAAACCCAGGAACCGGUUACCCUGGCACGUCCCCCACCUCCCUCCCACCCCCCCCGGAGGAUCAGCACAUGGGACGCCGUCCAAGCCAACGCGGGCCAGACUCCAAGGCUACGGGCUGCUUGGGAGUGAGAGUGCAGGAGUUUCUGGAGAGGGGAGCUGGGCUGGACUCUCCCCCAUGUGAAAGUCCCCGUCAGGGUGCUCAGGUCUGAUCGGAGGCUGAAAUCUUUGGGAGAAAGUCGGGCACCUGGGACAGAUAGUUCCCAGCUCCCAUCUGGGAAGGAGCCCAAGCCACCAGCAUCCAGGAGAUACAGGUGGGAGCUGGGAUGGCAAAGCACCCACCUGAUGCCAGGAUUAGCGGAAAGAGAGGAGCGGGCACAGAAAGCCAGGGGUGCCAGGAGGGCCUGACAUCCAGCCAGCUGACCAUGGGUUCCCAGAGCGUCUGGCACAGUUCCCUGGGGACCGUCCUGCUCCUGACCUGGCUGAGUGUUGGCUGGGGCAUCGGCAGCACUCAGGGGACAGCCAGCAAGACCCUGGCAUUCGGCUUGGAACCUCAUCCCCGCCAUCGGCGCCAGCCAGGCCAUGGGGAAUGGACGCCCUGGGGAGGCUGGAGCGCCUGCUCCAGUACGUGUGGGGACGGCGCCUCCUUUCGCACCAGGAAAUGCAUCCAGUUCCCUGAAGAGGAGCUGUGUGCAGGGGAGCCCCGGCAGUACCGUGUGUGCAAGCUGCACGAGUGUCCUGGCAGCUCGGUGCCCUUCCGGGCCGUGCAGUGCUCCCUGUAUGACGGCAAGCCCAUCCUGGGGAGCCAGGCAAGGUACCAGUGGGUUCCUUUUCAUGGAGCGCCCAACCACUGCGACCUGAACUGCCUGGCGGUGGGACACAAUUUCUACUACACCUUCGGCAGAGUGCUGGAUGGGACCCGCUGCAGCCCAGACUCCCCGGAUCUCUGCAUCAGUGGCCAGUGCUUGACAGCGGGCUGCGAUGGGAUCCUGGGGUCCGGCUCUCGGAGCGAUGCCUGCGGCCUGUGUGAUGGCAGGAACGACUCGUGCCUCUUCGUGCAGAGGGUGUUCCGGGCCGCGCUCCCCUCCUCCGGUUUCUUUGGGUACAAGAACGUGACGAGGAUCCCGGCAGGGGCGAUGCGCAUCAAGGUCACCGACUGGAGCCGCAAUUACCUAGCACUGAUGAAUGGGGAGCAGCAGUACGUGAUCAACGGGGACUGGGCCAUUGACUGGCCGGGCACGUACGAGGUGGCAGGCACCACGGUGCGCUAUGCCCGGGACGCGGACAAUCAUGAGACCCUCGAGGCAGCCGGGCCAACAGAGGAGGAUCUGCAUGUCAUGGUCCUGUUCCAGGAGCCGAACCCGGGCAUCGAGUACGAGUUCUGGCUCCCCAGGGAGCGGCAUGGGCACCUCCAGGGUGACUCCAGCCCCCUGCGACAGCCUCAGCCCAGAGGGAUCGACCUGGACCCACCCAGCGUGUCCCAGCCUGGGCCUUGGACCACACUGGUGCCCCCCACGCACCUCAGCAUCAGGGACAUGACCACAGAGAGGUCCCGGAGGGGACCCACAGACACAACGCAAACAGGGAGCUGCGGCAGGUGCCAGAUGCCCAAGGGAAAGUCCCAGCGCAUCCGCCACUACUGCCAGAGUGACUUUGUGUUCCGGGCCCGGAUCCUGGCCAAGCGGCCGAUCGGGCAGGAGACGCGCUACGACGUGCAGGUGAAGCACACCUAUCGCAACCGCUUCCCCCUGGUGCACCGGGAGUACGUGUGGGUCUCCAACGCCUGCGACUGCCCCCCGCUGCUGGAGCGCCGCGAGUACCUGCUCAUGGCCCGGCGCCACGUCAACUACGAGCACACGCUCAACCGCAUCCUGCUGCAGCACGGCAGCUACGCCCGGCCCUGGUCGCCACGCGAGGACAUGCUGCUGCGGGACAUCGCCGGGCACUGCGCCCAGGGCAGGCCGGCGUGACCGGAUGGGAGCCCCCUCCUGCAGCGGCGGGGGAGAGCCCAGCCGUGGACAGGGCGGGCAGGGAGCGGUUUGGGGGCGCCCUGACCCGUUUCCACCCAGCCCUCCCCCGUACAUACUCGGCGUGAGGCCACAAAAUCCAGGGCUCCCCUCAGAUCAGCCAGUCUGACCAAUGCUGCCUUCACCUGCCACUCGCCCCUGGGCUGGCUGGCUCCAAGGCAGGGCCCUGAUGCAAGCACGUACCCCUGGCCUAAAGUCAUCCCCUUGCUCCCAGUGCAGCCGGACCCUCACCUCGAGUGCCAGCCAUGGGGGGUGAGGCUGGGAGCUGAUGGGAGAGCGGCUGCUGAGAUCAGCUUGGGACGGCAGUGGUGGAGGAAGGCAGAGGGCAAUCGGAACGGGGGGAUUUCAGUCUCCAGUCUCUCACUGAUCCAGCCACGCUGCCCAAGGGGUAAAAUGGGAGUGUGGCUUCACAACAGGGCAGGAUGUUCGAGUCCACGCCUGGUGGUUGAGAGGACUCAGGACUUUAAAACAGUGCCUCCCUACAGGUGCAAAUCCAGGCCAUGAGCCUCACAGCAAGCCAGUUACUAGACAGUAGCCACCCUGCUCAGCCACCUUCCUGCAGCCUUGGCACUGCGAAAUCCCUGCCAGGCAGGGUGCAAACAGAGAACCCAGCCAUCACAUCCACAUCCGCUAGCAUACCAUGCACAUGCUAGCGCACCAUGCAAAAACACGCACACAUGAGCCCAUCAUGCAAACACAUGCACACACUAGCACACUAUGCAAACACACACACACACACACACGCUCACUCUGCAGCCCCCACGUCCACGCCAUGCAUACCAGCACCCACCCAAGUCCCACCCCUCACACACCUAAACCCGUCUGGAGCGCCGAGCUCCCGAGGCAAAGAGUCUGUGUCUGUCUGUAAUUAACCCCUCUCCCUGCCCCCGCUCCCUGGUGCAGGGCUGGGCGGCUUUUCUCCCUGGGGAACUGCUCUGAGUUGAGUCUCUGGGAUCAGACACUGCUGCCCCCCGCCCCCUCCACACACACACUGAUGCCAGCUGUGUGCUCCUCUCUCGGCUCUGCCCAGCAGUGAUAACGCUUGAGUCCCUGGAAUCCCACCCUCAAGCCCACGGGAGGUGCCCUGAACUCCAUCUGCCCAGCCAGCCCCAUUGCCUGGGCCCACCAGCACAUGCUAGGCGAGCUUCCCAGCUGAACUGGGUCCUUGUUCCAUCCUCACCCUGCCUGCUCCACUCCCUGCUCCUGCUGGGAGCCACACAGCCUAGGGCUGGGCUCCCAAGAGCUGGCACAGUGGGCAUGGGCACACCAUGAGAUGGGCACCUGAGGGGGGUGGUACAGCCAGAGAGGGGUGGCCCCCGCCCGUGAGGGAGCUCCUAGGGCCAGGGCAGUCGGAGGAGGGGGCAGACAAACACAGCAGAACAUGCUAGC